CCCACAUCGAAAAACACCAUUCCAUUCUUGGGUGUGGAAAACAUCAACCUGUGGAGGAAUCAACGACUUCGGCGAUGUGAACUUUGGGAAAUUAAAACCAUGAGAAGCGUUUAGAGGAAAAAGCUACUGAACUUAAGAAGCACUCCAGUUGAAGUUUACAUGAAAGUGAUGUUCUAGAAAAAAAAACCCGGCAACGAUAGCCAUAUUCUGCCGCACCAAUUCGCCAUAUGGUUAGAGCGCGUGCCUCUUUAGUGUGUUCAUAGCCCGUUGUGGAUUAUUAUGAGGCGUCAUGGCGUGGUGUGACCGUGGGUGUCAGAUACUGCUGACCAUCGUGGGCGCUUUUUCAGCUUUCAGUCUGAUGACAAUAGCUAUUGGGACCGACUACUGGCUCUAUUCUCGGGCGUACAUAUGUAACGCCACCAAUGUCACCACGGACGACAUGCAACCCAAGAAAACUAGAGGCGACCUGACGCACUCCGGACUGUGGCGGAUUUGUUGUAUAGAAGGAAUCAACAAAGGAAGCUGUCUUCGGAUCAAUCACUUCCCAGAAGAUAACAACUACGACACAGACAGCUCGGAAUACAUCUUACGUAUAGUGCGGGCCUCCAGCCUCUUCCCCAUCCUGAGCAACAUCUUGUUGUUGCUGGGAGGACUGUGUGUCGGGGCUGGGAGGAUCUACAGCAGUAAGAACAACAUCCUGCUCAGCGCCGGCAUCCUGUUUGUGGCUGCAGGUCUAAGCAACAUCAUCGGCAUCAUCGUCUACAUCUCCAGUAAUGCCGGUGACCCUAGCGACAAGAAGGACGAGGACAAUAAGGGUAGCUAUGGAUACGGCUGGUCUUUCUACUUCGGAGCGCUGUCCUUCAUCGUGGCGGAGUCCGUUGGCGUUCUCGCUGUCAACAUCUACAUCGAGAAGAACAAGGAGACGCGGUGCCGGGCGAGGCGGGAGUUCAUCAAGACCACCUCUUCCACCUCGCCCUACUCCCGUAUCCCUAGUUACCGUUACCGGCGGCGACGUUCCAGUUCCCGCUCCACCGACCCAUCCCGAGAGACCUCACCCGUCGGGGUUAAGAUGGGAGGAGGAGGGGGAGCAGGCAUAGGAAGUGGAGCAAGCUUUGGGAUGCCCAUGGGUGGUAUCUCCAUGUACGCCCUCAGUAGGGACACUAUGAAAAGUGGGAUAGCUGGGUACUGUAGUCCAGAGCGUGACUCAAGCUUCCUGCAGGUCCACAACUGCUUCCAGAAAGAUCUGAAGGAGGGUGUCAACAGGAGAACGACUCCCGUAUGAGGGUUGGAAUGCAUCUCUGAACUUGGUAGGAUACAGGAGACUUCACUAAACUGUAAAGGAAACACUUGGACAGCACAUGAUCCAGGAUCAUUGUUGCAACUACAAUACACAGACUAUCUUCCAUGUUGAAAGGUCAUAGUUCAUAUGAUGGAGUGUGCUUUUUUUUUGUUAUAACAAAUUGCCGUCCGUCUUCGUUUGAAUGUGGAGGAGAAAUGGAAAAGGAAUAUUUCGAAAACCUUUGGUAAAGCUACUAUAAGUCCAUUUACAAAGACUACAGAAACCCAGACCUUUAGUAGCAAUGCUUCUGUGAUACACCAUAAGAAAAGUAUGUGUUUUGCAUUUCCCUCAACAAAUGGUAGUCAUAUCUUGUUGUUUUGAUGUUGUCAAGUGAUAACUCACUGGAGGGGUUUGAUUUUGCCAUUGUAACUGGUGCUAUACACUUUCAACACACUUUGAAUAUUCUGAUUACACUCUUAGAAGAAAGGGUUCCAAAAUAGUUUUGUGCUGUAGGAGAACCCUUUUUGCUUUGGGUUCCAUGUAGAACCCCAUGUAGAAGGGGUUCUAUACUGAACAAAAAUAUAAACGCAACCUGUAAAGUGUUAAUGGAAUAAAAGAUCCCAGAAAUGUUACAUAUGCACAAAAAUCUUAUUUCUCUAAAAUGUUGUGCACAAAUAUGUUUACAUCCCUAUUGGUGAACAUUUCUCCUUUGCCAAGAUAAUCCCAAAAUAAUCCAUCCACCUGACAGGUGCAUAUGAAGAAGCUGAUUAAACAGCAUGAUCAUUACACAGGCACACCUUGUGCUGGGGACAAUAAAAGACCACUCUAAAAUGUGCAGUUUUGUCAAACAACACAAUGCCACAGAUGUCUCAAGUUUCGAGGGAGCAUCCCAUUGGCAUGCUGACUGCAGGAAUGUUCCCCAGAGCUGUUGCCAGAAAAUUGAAUGAUAAUUUCUCUACCAUAAGCCACCUCCAAUGUUGUUUUAGAGAAUUUGGCAGUACAUCCACCUGGCCUCAUAACUGCAGACCACAUCUAACCUCGCCAGCCCCUGACCUCCACAUCCGGCUUCUUCACCUGCGGGAUCGUCUAAGACCAGCCAUCCAGACAGCUGAUGAAACAGAGUAUUUCUGUCUGUAAUAAAGCCCUUUUAUGGGGAAAAACGAAUUAUAAUUGGCUAGGUCUGGCUCCCCAGUGGUUGGGCCUAUACCCUCCCCGGCCAACCCAUGCCUGUGCCCCAGUCAUGUGAAAUCCAUAGAUUAGGGCCUAAUGAAUUCAUUUAAAAUCACCGAUUUCCUGACAUGAACUGUAACUCAGUAAAAUCAUUGAAAUUGUUGCAUUUUGCAUUUAUAUUUUUGUUCAGUGUACAUAAAACCCUCAAAAGGUUCUACCUAGAACUAAAAAGGGUUAUUCAAAGGGUUCACAUUUGGUGACAGCUGAAGAACCCUUUUCAGUCCUAGAUAGCAAAUCUUCUAAAACCUGGGAAUUUUGGUAAACUUUUUUUUGUACAUUUUGUAACUCUAAUCCUUCUCACUUACUGUCAUGUGAUCCUCAUCUAUCUAUCUAUCCUCUGUGGUCUUUGUAUUGGCGGGAACUGGUGUACCUGUACGCUUCGUAUGUUUGUACUAUGAUCUGACCCACUGCCAUACUCUUACUAUUAGUAAAUAUCCAAAUACAAACCUGUUGUAGAUUGAAAAUAAGUAAGGGGGAUGUAUGGAAAUACUGAACUCAUUUUCAUGAAUAACAUUCCAAUCAAUAUAAAUA